AUGGCAGAUAUCCACGGUAUGAACGGCCACAAUGGUCACGUAAAGGAUCGCCGCAGUAACUCGGUGAAUGGCCGAAAUCGACUUUACGCUCACCAGGAAAAGCAAAGAACGACUCACCUCAGCGAAUUUGGUAAGCAUAUGGUAGCAGCAUCCGGCGAAUUUGUGGGCACAUUUCUAUUUUUGUACUUUGCCUAUGCUGGAAACAUUGUCGCCGUUCUCCAAGAGCCCAUCCCAGGGCCGAAUGGCACCUUGGCCAACAACACCGUUAUGUACGUCGCCAUGGCAUACGGAUUUUCUCUUUUGGUCAACGUCUGGGCUUUCUACCGAAUCAGCGGUGGACUCUUCAACCCUGCUGUCACUUUUGGUCUCUGCCUCUCUGGUCAACUGCCAUGGACGCGCGCACUCUUUCUGUUCCCCUCCCAGAUCACCGCUGCAAUGUGUGCAGGUGGUCUGGUCAAUGCCAUGUUUCCUGGAAGUGCCUCCAUUGCAAACACGACACUUGGGCCCAACACUUCGAUUGCGCAAGGUGUCUUUCUUGAAAUGUUUUUCACCGCCCAAUUGGUCUUUGUAGUCUUGAUGCUUGCUGCCGAAAAGUCUCGCGACACCUUUUUGGCCCCUGUUGGUAUUGGUCUGGCUCUUUUCGUCGCACUCAUCCCAGGAGUUUUCGUGACCGGUGGAUCGGCCAACCCUGUACGAUCCUUUGGCUGCGCUGUCGGUUCCAGAGACUUCCCUGGCUACCACUGGAUCUACUGGGUUGGACCCCUACUUGGCGCGGCGCUUGCUGCUGGUUACUUCAAGCUUGUCAAGUUGAUGCACUACGAGGAAGCAAACCCUGGUCAAGAUAGUCCAGUUGACGUAUGA